AUGAUCACAAGGUGGGGGAUUUGUUUGUUUAAUUGUGAGGAACAAUUGUUUUGUUUCAAUAUUUCUUAUUUUAUUUUUGUGGUAAAUUUUUCAAUUGACUGUUUCCUUUUUCUCUAUUUUCUUGUCUUUCUUUUCUUUUCAUUUCCUCUUUUUUUCUGUCUUUCCAACUACUUCAUUUUUCCUUCUCGAUUUCUUCUGCUUCUUUUUGUCCUUCUUUAUAACUUUCCAUAUUUCUUCCUCUUUUGUCUUUACUCUUCUUUUCAUACAUAUUGCUCUUUCUUGUCAUUCAGUUUUUCUACUUCUCUCUCUCUUCCUCUCUCUCUGUCAUUCACUCACUCACCAUCGAAAGCCUUUCUUGCAAUCUGUUUUAUUUUGUACACCAUUAUAUUCGUCCAUCUUUUCGCCAUUUGCAAUGUUCUGACCGCCAUUAAUGUCAUCUUUCUUAUUUGUCUUUUUGUCCUUUUCCCUUAUAACUUUCCAUAUUUCUUCCUCUUUUCUCUUUUCUCUUCUUUUCAUACAUAUUGCUCUUUGUUGUCAUUCAGUUUUUCUACUUCUCUCUCUCUCUCUUCCCCCUCUCUCUCUCUCUCUCUCUCUCUCUCUAGUAAUAAUUAUUUUAUCCAUUUUCUCUCUCUCUCUCUCUCUCUCUCUAUCUCUCUAUCUAUCUAUCUAUCUAUCUAUCUAUGGGUCAUUCAUAACAGUAAUUUACACGCAAGAAAUAUUCACCAUUUUUCAUUUUGCCAAAAGAAACUCUAUGGCUUCCUCAAUAAAUAUGUAAUCUAUAUCAUACUUGAUAAUACACGCACAUACACACUCAAAUUGACAGGCGCAGACUGUCUUUCUCUCAAUCCACCAUUGACUCUUUCUCUGUCUAUCUGCACCAUCUCUCUCUCUCUCUCUCUCUCCCUCUCUCUUUCUCUCUCUCUCUCUCUCGUUAUCUACCUAUCUAUCUAUCACAAAGACACUCUUUCCCUCCCCCUCUCUUUCUCUCUUGUACACGUUUUCUUUUUUUUUCUUAGUUUGACUUCAGUACCCACCCUCGUCUCCCUAACUUUUUUUCCGAAUAACGCUAUCUAG